AUGGAAGGAAUUAAUGCAGUGGCCUUGGAGGAAUAUGACAGCUCUCAGGAGAAAGACAAAUCUUCAGAAGAGGCCAUGGAGAAAGAGCAGAUACAAGCCAGGCAGAAGACAUUAGCUGGGCGGGAGAGCACAGUGCAGAAGAUGCCAGAUCAACAAGAGGCUUUGCAGGAAACAGUGCAGCACCUGGAACUUGAGCAACAGUUGAUUGCUUUGCAGGUGGAGUUGGAAGAACAGUUUAAAACUCAGCAGAUGGGGCUAGAAGAAGAGGAGAAAGCCCUGUGGAAAGUUCUUGAGCAACAGGAAAAGGUACAGAAGAAAUUUUUAGAAGAGCAAGAAAGAAACCAGUUGAAGGCUCUACAGGACCUGGAGAAAGCACAGCACCAGGCUCUAGUAGAACUGAUAAAAAUUCAGAAGCAAGGCAGAGAAGAACAGGAGAGAACUCAGAAGAAAUUUUUGCAGGAAAAAGAGAGAGCUGAGAAAGCCCUAGAGGAAAUAGCAAGAACUCAGAAAACUAUCCUGAAAGAGCUGGAAAUGGCUCAUAAAAGUGCUCUGAAAGAACUGGAGACUGCUCAUAACGAGGCUCUACGAGAGCAGGAAAGAGCUCAGAGGGCUGCAUUAGAAGAACAGAAGAGAGCUCAGAAGGCUCUAGAGGAACUGCAGAGAUCACAAAGAACAGCCGUGGAGCAGCAGGAGAGAGCUCAGAUGAGGGCUGUCCGAGAACAAGAGCGAGCUCAGGAA